CUCGUUGUUUUCAUGACACUAACAGCAGAGCUGAGUGAGUUUUAAUGCCGCUUCCGCUCACUGACGGGAUUUAGUUGCGUUAGGACGGAGAAAACGGGACAAUAUGGCUUCGGUGAACUGUUUCUGUGGUCCGGAGGAGCUCGAGGACACGAAUCACGCUUCAAGUUUGAUGAAAGAGCUGAAAUUGUUCUACGACUCGCAGUUGUUAGUCGACGUGACUAUCGAAGUGGAGUCUGACCCGGAGUCAGAGGACCGAAGCGUUUCUUCGGGGUGUUGCUCCUCUCGCGCUGGGAAAGUUUUCCAGUGCAACCGAAAUAUACUGGCAGCAGCGAGCCCUUAUUUCAAGAGCAUGUUUACAGGAGGACUGUACGAGAGCACGCAGAGAAACGUCACCAUUCACGAAGUGGACGCCGAUUCAAUGGCUGUCAUUAUUGAUUACUGUUACACUGGCAAAGUGUCAAUCACUGAGGGCAACGUGCAGAGGCUUUAUGCAUCUGCAAACAUGCUCCAGCUGGAGUAUAUUCGGCAAGCUUGUGCUAACUUCAUGACAAGAAGGCUGGACCUUUCUAACUGUGCAGGGAUUUUGAAGUUCGCCGACACCUUUGACAAUCUGGAGUUGAAGAGCAAGGCUCAAGCGUUUAUUGCGAAGAACUUUGUCCAGCUCAGUACCAGUGUGCGAGAGCUUUGUGAGCUGGACCUGAAGCAGAUUAAAGAGAUCCUCACACUGGAUUCUCUGGAUGUGGACUGCGAACUGAAAGUGUGCUCGUUUGCAAUACAGUGGAUUGAGAAUAAUUUGCAUGUGGAUGCAGAAGUUGCACUGCAGGUCCUCAGAUGCGUGCGGUGGUCUUUGUUUUCCGAGAAAGACAGGGUUUAUCUAGAUGGCCUUAAAUCAAAGCCUUUUAUAAAGAAACAUCUUUUGGAUGUUUUAGAUGGGGCUGCCGAUGAGCAGAGCGCCAAGAUUUCAAAGGGUGUACAUGCUGCCAAACAAAGAAUUGGCAAGAGUGCAAAAGAAAUGGUGCUUUUUUUUGGACGGCCAAAUGAGCCUUUCAUGUGCUAUGAUCCCUACACGGAGGACAUCUUUUCAAUGGCGUCCCCGGUCAUUAACCUCACCAAUCAGAACUUCAAACACUCUCCCAUGGAGACAUUUUUGGUCUGCUCCACACUGGAUAACAAUCUGUAUCUCGCAUCACAGCUGUCCAAGCACUUUUGGGUCUACAAUCCCUUGUUAAAUUGUUGGCAGGAGCUUGCGGAACGACUUCUCAGAAGAAUGCACUCGUACAUCGGCUACCUCAACGGGCACCUGUACAUUUUGGGUGGCAGAGACCCGGUAUCGGAUGCCAGACUCAAGGAAGUAGAAUGCUAUAGCAUUCAAAGGAACCAGUGGGUUUUUGUGGCCCCUUUGCCUCAUUCUUUGGGAAAGAUGCAGGUUGUGACGGUAAACGAGCGGCUUUAUGUGGUAAACAAGAGAAGGAUGCUCAGCUACGAGCCGAAGAAAAACCACUGGCUCCAGCGGGGCUCUCUGAAACGCAGUAAACUCCACAAAGCCUGUGUUUUCCAGGAGCAGAUUAUCUGUUUGUGCGAUAUCCCUGUGGUCAAAGCGUAUAAUCCUGCUCGGGGAGAAUGGAGGCGGAUCGGAGACAUUCCUAUUGACAGCAGUGCUCUCAACUACCAAGUUGUGCAACACGACAGCAAACUGCUGCUUCUAACUAUUGCAAUAGUGCAUCACAACAAAAACAGGCUUAUUAUACAUGAAUAUGAUCCCACUAUGGACUCGUGGAAAAAUGUAGCCACCAUGUUUGGUUCCUCCUUCGGAUCCAUAAGCCUCUCCACCCGGGUAUAUACUGCAUGCCUGGGGUCCGGUCAUAAUUUCAUCUCGGAGGAGGAUGACGACAGCGGCUCCAGUGCUGACUGGGACUUCGAUGGAUUGACGGAUGCAGACUCGGACUCCGGCAGCUCAAGCUCCUUUUCAGAUGAGAACUGGUAGUCUUUGCAGUUCUCACAGUAACUACACUCAAAA